AUGAGGCAGCGUCUGAAGCUUUCCCACAUAGACGUGAAGCUUAUUCUAUGGCUUAUUGUUCAGAUCAAGCCUUUUAAGUAUGUGGGUGACCGCACGUUGAGCCAGAGCAGAAAGUGGGAUUUGAUCCAGCACCGGUUUGAAAACGAACGUAUCAGGCUGUCCAGUAACCAUGUGGUUCCUACGGUUCGAACGUUGCAGCGUCAGAUGGCCUCGGCGCUACGGAAAGCUCGAAACAGGAAACUAGCUUCUGAUUAUAAACCGUACGCUGUGUUUGAAGUGCUUCAUCCUCGUCUGCUGUUCCCAGACUUGGAGCUAGCGGUGUUGGAGCUCCAUGACCUUAGUGAGGCCUACAAGAGCGGACAGAUGGUGGGACCGUUGCCGCCACAUAUCAAGGAAGAGGUGGAUCCACAUGUUCUGUUUGGCGAGAGAAAGAGACGCCGGCUGUCGAACGCCUCGCAGCUUUCGUCUUCGUCUUCUGCGUACCUGGGUUAUUCUAGUCAUGCUCUGACAGAUAAGUAUGAGGUUCUGGAGGGUGAAACGACGGCGGUGGGGCUUUUACGGGGGAUUAUGGGAGAGAAUCGACGGUUCCAUGAGGAUAUGAUUCAGAUGAUGAGGAGGCAUGCGACGGUGAUGAAUGGGCGGUUGGAGAAGCUUACGGAGAUUUUGGAGGCAGGCGAAGAGGCCGGCGAGGCCUCUGAGUCUGGCGACGAGACUCUCAAGUCUGGCGAGGAGGCCGUUGAGGCCUCUGAGCCAAUAGAACCCACUGAACCCACUGAACCCACUGAACCCACUGAACCCACUGAACCUACGUCUCUAGCUCCAGCAGCCCCAGAAGCCGAACCUCCAGAAGCCCCAGUCGUUCCUCCUGGGUCUUCUGCUUCUGGGGAAAAACGAAGCUCCCUACGUGAAGUGCUCAACUGGGACGGCCCGUAA